AGGGUUUAUGAGGUUUUGCUAAUCCCUCUCACUUCCUCUCUCUCUCAUCAACAAAGCAUAUAUAUACACAUAAAUUCAUCAGAGAUUUGCGAAUUCGAAAACACGCGAACAAUCAAUGGAGUGUCCAAUGGAAAUCGAUUUCGGAGACGGAAAGCAACCAUUCGACAUCGAUUUCCACCCGUCGAACCCGAUCGUCGCUGUUGGACUCGUCACUGGCGACCUGCUUCUAUACCGAUACACGGCCGAUUCACCACCCGAGAAGCUGUUGGAAGUUAAUGCCCACAGCGAAUCUUGUAGAGCAACAAGAUUCAUCAACGAUGGUCAAGCAAUUGUCACGGGGUCUCCGGAUUGCUCCAUUCUUGCCACAGAUGUCGAAACAGGGUCCACAAUUGCUCGGCUUGAAAACUCUCAUGGGGAUGCUGUCAAUAGGAUAAUCAACUUGACCGAGUCAACUAUUGCAUCUGGUGAUGACAAAGGGUGUGUUAAGGUUUGGGAUACAAGACAGCGGACUUGCUGCAGCUCUUUUCACGCUCAUGAAGAAUACAUUUCAGAUAUGACUUUUGCAUCUGAUUCCAUGAGACUAUUAGCUACAAGUGGAGACGGGACUCUCUCUGUUUGCAAUCUUCGGAGCAGCAAGCUUCAAACACGAUCUGAAUUUUCUGAAGAGGAGCUGCUUUCUGUGGUAAUCAUGAAGAAUGGCCGAAAAGUCAUAUGUGGUUCACAAAGUGGAACACUACUAUUGUAUUCUUGGGGAUUUUUCAAGGACUGCAGUGAUCGCUUUGUCGAUCUAUCUGGAGACCCUGUCGACGCAUUGUUAAAGCUUGAUGAAGAAAGAGUUAUUGCUGGAUCUGGAAAUGGACUCAUCAGCCUGGUAGGCAUAUUACCAAACAGAAUAAUACAGCCCAUUGCGCAACAUUCAGAAAAAUAUCCCGUUGAACGUCUUGCUUUUUCUCAUGAUAAAAAGUAUCUGGGCAGCAUAUCGCAUGAUAACAAGUUGAAGUUCUGGGAUAUGGAUGAUUUACUGCGAAGUUCUGCCAAUACUCUAAAUAGUCAUGGAGCUGUUGUAGACAGUGAUAGUGACGGGGCAAACGAGAUGGAUAUGGAUGAUAGUCUUCCAAAAUCUUCCAAAGGGACCAAGAGAAAAGGCGGGCAAGGCCUCAGCACUUCUACCAAUUUUUUUGCGGAUUUACAGUAAAAAUCAGCAGUGCUCACUUGUUCGAGCUUUUAUUUUUAUGUAUUAUCAUCUUCCAGGAGAAUCUUGAGAUUCCUUAAAUUCUUUAGUGGCUGAUACUUGCGGUGCGAUGGAUUUAAACUCAUCUUUGCUCUGAAAUCAAGAACCUGAAAUUGCUGUAAA